UCUGCCUAUCGCCAGAAGUCCAUCCCUAACAAAACGAUUUUUUAUUAUUGUUUGUGUUUAUUAUGAUUAACGAGAUAGAUAGUAUGGAAAUCCAGGAGGAAUCUUCUCCGGAGGACGACGAUGUAUUCCAAUUUGAGACCGAGCACUUGGCUCUUCGUGGCAACCAAAGCUAUGCAAAUUUAUUGCGCACUAUUGCCAUUCUGCAGGCUCAGAGGAUUAGAGUCCAUCAGCAGAUAGAGGAACUGGAAGCGACGCGGAACGUGUAUUUGGAGAAUCCGCAACUGAUGCUGGACAAGUUGCGGAAUAAUGAGCCCAUUAUAUCGGACAACUACAUCAUUACCGCAGCUUUGCCAGACAUACCUUCACUAAGCGCCAAGGAUGAAGCCAAAGAAGCUGAAGGAAUGGAAUCUAGAAUGCCAUUAAAAGAUAUGUCAUCCGAGAUAGAUCCUACUACGCAGAGACCUGAAGAAGGCGUUGUUAAAACUCAUAAGCGCUCGGAAAGUUUUGCCCGCCUAUGGACAAACGAGGAGCAGCGACAUUUAGAGCAGCUCCUGAUUCAGUAUCCCCCAGAGGAAGUGGAAAUGCGCCGGUUCACAAAAAUAGCCAAGGCUCUUGGCAACCGUACCGCCCAGCAAGUAUUCAGCCGUGUCCAAAAAUACUUUCAGAAGUUACACGACGCAGGCAUGCCAAUACCUGGACGGAUUCCAAAGUAUCGCCGUUCGGGAUACUGUAAGCCAAAGUUCAGUAUACGCCGGUCGACUUUUUUCCCUGCCCAGAAUCUUUCGCUUCAAAUGCCGGAGGAGGAUUGUACCCUAGAUGACUUACGAAUGCAGUCGCCUGCUCCAGAGAUGGUUGUGCCGGCAGCGCCUUCAAAAAUCAAGGCGGAACCAAAGACUGAACCGGAAGCCAUAAAUGAAGACUUUUAUGCGGAGGCUAAGCGCAGGCAGGAGUUGCGGCUGAAGCUUCUCUCGUCCGUUUACAAUGAAAAGCAGCAAAUUGAAGGUGGCUAUGAGCCUGAUCCUCUGGCACCGAGGUGCGCUGACUGCGAAGAGGCAUCUGUGACCAGGACGCACUGGCGCUGCAACAGUUGCUACUGCCAUCUGAACUUGUGUGGCGACUGUCUAACCAGUCAGUUGCUCGAAGAACGCUUUGAGCAUCUAAGCCACGAAGUUGUCGAGGAUCAGGAAUCUUAAAGAAUCAUCCUAUACAUUUAAAAAUAAAAUACUUUUAUAUGAAAA